AUGGGGCUGAACAGCUACUCCAGCCAUGUGUGCGCUGGGCUGAAGUGCCACACUCAGUGUACAGAAUACGUCUCAGUGCUGCUAGCCCAGGUGGUGUGCUGCAGUCCCAGUGCUAAAUGCAGUGUCAGUGACCCUCUUCCCAUUCUUCACAAGCAUUAUCAGUCAGGAGACUUCAUCAUCGGUGGCAUCAUGUCUCAGAUUUACAUCAUAUUCUCCAAUCUGAUAGAAUUCACAAAAUGUCCCUCUAAGGAACUUUUUGGAGACAUUGUGUUCACAAUUCAGAUCUAUCAGCACAUCCUGGCCUUGGUAUUUGCUGUGGAGGAAAUCAAUGAAAAUCCCCAGAUCUUACCCAACAUCACCCUAGGCUUCAAUAUCUAUAACAGCCUCUUCUUUCAACAAUGGGCAUAUCAUGCCUCAAUGAAACUUCUCUCUACAAGGAACAAAUUCAUUCCAAAUUAUAAAUGUGAUAGUCGGGAUAAUCCAGUAGCAGUGAUUGGAGGAACUAAUUGUAAAGUUUCUUUACACAUGGCCCCUGUUCUAUUAACCUAUAAGAUGCCACAGCUCAUCUAUGGCUCUUCUCCCAUGAUGAAUACCAAUAUCCAAGAUGAUUUCUUCCACCGGAUGUUACCAAACAACAUUCAUCAAUAUGAGGCGAUUCUCAAGUUACUCCUGCAUUUUGGAUGGACAUGGACGGGGUUGAUUUCUGAGAUUAAUGAUGAUGGAGACAGAUUGAUACAGGAUAUUGUUCCCAUGUUUGCCAAGAAAGGUGUCUGCUUUGACUUCAUAGGAAGAUAUCCAACACUUAAAUUUGAGAAGGACAUUUUUGACACUGUGGGAUUGGCAUUUGAACUGAUAGGGGUUGUUAUUAGAAGUACUGUUAAUGCCAUUAUUGUAAAUGGUGAAAUUCAUACCACGAUAUUUCUGCGAAUGUUGCCCCUGGCUUUAGAAAGUGAAGGGGUGCCAAAGAAAAUGGAAGACACGGAUGAUUGUUCUCAAUGUCCAGAAGAUCAUUAUCCAAACUCUCAGCAGAAUUUAUGCCUUCCUAAAACCAUAACCUUCCUGAUUUAUGAAGAGCCAUUGGGGACCUCUUUGGCCAGUUUGGCUCUUUACUUUGCUUUCAUCACAUCUGUGGAGUUGUAUAUCUUUAUUAAGUACCAGGACACUCCCUUAGUGAAAGCCAACAACCGGAACCUCACUUACAGCCUCCUUGUCUCUCUCAUGCUCUCCUUCCUUUGUGCUUUGCUAUUUAUUGGUGAGCCUAAUGCGUUGACCUGUUGUCUUCGGCAAACUGCUUUUGGUGUCAUCUUCACCUUGGCUGUUUCAUGCAUCUUGGCCAAGACAACCAUUGUGGUUUUAGCUUUUAUGGCCACUAUGCCUGGGUCAAUAAUGAGGAAAUGGGCUGGGAAUAAGCUGUCAUUCUCCAUUGUUCUAUUCUGCUCUCUCAUUCAAGCCACACUUUGUACUGUGUGGUUGGCAACCUCUCCUCCAUUCCCAAAUCUUGAUAUGCACUCAAUGAGUAAAGUGAUUAUACUAGAAUGCAAUGAAGGAUCGGUCACCAUGUUCUAUUGUGUCUUGGGCUUCCUUGGCUUCCUGGCCAUUGUCAGCUUCACUUUGGCUUUCCUAGCCAGGAAGUUGCCUGACAGUUUUAAUGAAGCCAAGUUUAUCACCUUCAGCAUGUUGGUCUUCUGCAGUGUUUGGCUUUCCUUUGUUCCAACCUACCUGAGCACAAGAGGGAAAUACAUGGUGGCUGUGGAGAUCUUCUCUAUCUUGGCCUCCAGUGCUGGGUUAUUGUUAUGUAUCUUUUUCCCCAAAUGCUAUAUCAUUGUGCUGAGGCCUGAGUUAAACAACAGAGAACAGCUACAAAGACGAAAGAAAUGA